AUGCACUAUAUCAUCAUACUUAACUUAUCAUUUGGUCUGCUGUGCCUCAGCAAGAAAAGAUGGCUGCAAUCAUUGGUUCUGAUUUUUAGUUGUAUAUUCAGCGUUGGUUGUACUGGAUAUAUUGGUCCUACAGAUGUAGCCGUAUUUGAGGGGCAGAAUGCCUUCCUUGAGUAUUUGCCUGGCGACUAUGCUUCCUCAUGGAAUUGGUUUUAUAAGCAGCAUGGUCAAUCAUCAGCAAUGCUAGUUUUACCUACUGACGGAAAACACGUUACAUUUGUUAACGGCAUGCGUACGGGAAGUAAUUUGACAGUCUUAAAUGUGACGAGGGCUGACGAUCAGACAAAAUAUCAUUGUGAACGAGGUAGUAAAUCUUCUAAAUCGGCAACCCUUACAGUCAUUACACCUCUUGAUACGAAUUAUCCAAAAUGUACCAUUACUAACAGCACAGAUAAUAUACAUGUUGGAGAAAAUGUGGAGAUCGUGUGCACUGCCAUCGGUGGUAUACCAAGACCAUCUUUACAUUGGUUCAAAAACAAUAUCAAACUUAAUGAAACCGACGAUUUUACGUCACAAGAUAGUAGUAUUACUUACCUGGACAUCCUAUCAAUCUCACUGUCAAAUGAGGAUAAUGGAGUUGAAUUCAAAUGUAAAGCUGAUGGAAUAUCUGUAGUUGGAAACCAGUCUUGCUCUGUUGUGCCUUUAAGCAUCCAACCUAAUGUAAGUAUAAUCGUAAAUAAAAUGUCAUAUGAUGCUGGAAACUCAUUAAACAUUACCUGUUUCGGUGAGGGUAUUCCACGUAUUUCGGAAUAUAACUGGUUUUUUAACAAUAAGCACGUGACGUCAUCUCAAUCAGUGUUCAAUAUUAUUAAAAAUGGUACGAUUUUAGAGAUUUUAGAACUUCAAACUGAACACUUAGAUGCUGAAAUAAGAUGCAAAGUCAGUAUACCAUCUGGAUUAAGCGCCAAUAAAAGCAUCAUUCUUUCUUUCACCAGCCACGAUGCAGCAACUGGUGACUUGAUAAUUUACAUGGUAAGCGGAGCUGUAUUAUGCCUACUCAUUUUACUAGGCCUAUUUGUAUUUUGUAUCAAAACGAAAAUUAGGAGGAGUCAAGAAAAAAAGAGCAAAGUGACAUCACAUUAUGCCAAUCACAACGUAUCGUUGAACCAGACUGAAUUUAUUGAAAUGAAUAACGACUUGUACAGCAAUGGUGAGCCUCAACCAGAACAUCCUGCCAAUGCUCGGAAGUAA